GCGUCGAGUUCAGGGCGAGCGGAGAGGAGCAGCGAGGAGCGGAGGAGCGAGCGGUGACCAUAGACUGUGACCGCGGGCUGUGCGUCUGUGCAGGGCCGUGCGCGCUGCGGGACCCACGGCGGGGAUUUGACAUUUGAGCACCGACGCGCACCGCCUCUAUUCAACUGUUCUUUUCAUCUUUUUGACUUUUCUCUUGCCAUGUCCAUGUGUUAUCGACGUGAGAGGAUUGAACUUGCCAGCAGUCUAUAUUUGCCCAGUAGGGAAGCCAAUGCAAGGGCUGGCUGUCUCGUUGGAGUGGAGUAUUAUUAGCGCUACAGACAACUGUCCUUCUGAUUAUGUUCCUUCACCAUUCGAAGUAAAAAGCAGACGUGUUUCCUCUCUAAAUUAUUUUUGCUGUACCAUAAAACACUGAGCUCCCAUGCUGGCGGACAGGCACUCUCCACUCCACAUCUUUAGUCAUGCCUGCUACAAAUCCUGCACGGAGACAGACACCUGCUCCAAAGAGGGGCAGCCAGAAGGCGAUAAGCACCAGGAGGCAAACCGCUAACUCGAAUAAAACCAGAGGCAGACCUGCGAAAAGGGCUCAGGAUGCACCAGCUGAACCCAAAGGAACUACACCGAGACAGGCAGGAAAAAGCCCACGUGGACGAAAGGCAAAUGGGCCUAAUGUGGACUCCAGAGGGACCCCUAGUAAAGCGAAGGCGAAACAGCAAAAUGAUGCACCAGCGAGAGGAGGAGAUGAGGAGAGCAACCAGGGGAGGCGGAAGUCAUUACGGGGCACGCAGGCAGCUAUAACUGUCAGCCAGAUUUCUAAACCAGCUUCUAGAGGAGGACGAAGAGGCAAUUCAGGGAGGGGAGCAGCCUCACAAGCUAAGUUGGCACGUAAAGAACCCCAAGAGAGUAGCAGCAGUUGUCCAAAUAGGGAAGAAGAAACCAAAAUAAUCGACAAAUGUGACGCUGAGGACAUCCCUGUAUCUCUGAAAACAACUUCCGAGCUCCAGGCGAAGGUCAAAGAUCAAGAUGUAAACAAUGCUAAAGAGGCAAGCCCCUUAAAAGCAGAUACCCCACCUUGCACUGACACACUGGAGGACUUUUUACCAGGCAGCAGUGACAGCACUACAACCGACAGAGACGGAGCUACACGUGUUGAAAAUAAUGAGGACAAGUUAAGGUGUGAGGCCGCCGUCCCGACUGGCGAGGAUGAUGGACAGCCAAGGCUCUGCAGUGAUGAUGCCAAAUUCAGCGCGUCGGAGAUUGAGCCUCUAACAAAUCAAGCGCUUCUCACAGAUGACAGCUCUCCCUCCGCUGGAAGCCAUCGUGUUGACAGCGAAGCAGAGGCCAGAUAACCCUACAGCUGAGGUGGAGCAAAAAGAAGAAGAAUCAAAAAUAGUGGAGAAAAAGGAAGGAGCAGAAAAGGCGAAAGAGGAUUUACAGAAGAAUGAGGAAGUAAUUGACAUGGAAGUUGAGAAAGAGAUAUGUAAGGAGCCAACUCAAGAACACACCACUUUGGAGAUUGACAAGAUAGAUAAAGACAAAGAAGAAUUUAAAUGCAGCACAGAAAAUCGUUUACACUCUAGUGAUGGUGAUGAGUCUGCAGUGAGUUCUGAGUUCUCCAAACCAAAAAGUCCUCCUCUUUCUCCUUCCAGUGUGGCACCUGUCUCAUAUUCAACUACCUCAGCGUGCACCAAAGCUCUUCCCUCUCCACAACAUCUGAAUCUGAGUAAAACGGGAGUCCAUCUUAGCACUGAAGGAAACAUAGAUCUUUGCUGCGUAUCUGCUAAUCCAACUCCUUCUGUGAUAAGAAACACUCCAGUUAUUAUCUGCAACAAAUCUGUCAGACCAAAGGGGCUAUGGGAACCACCCCUAAUGCAUAACUUGGAUUCUCCCGAGAUGGUCAGACAUGCCAAAGAUAGUAAAUCCUGUCAGGAGACCCACCACCACCAAGAACAAUCCCAGGUGUCCACAUCAUUGUCCGCACUUCCUCACUGUAGCACAGCUGGGGUCGGGUCUAACUCAGCCGAAGAUAGAAAUGCAGCCCCAGAGCAAGAUGCGGCGCCAAAAGUGAUUUCAACCUCUAUUUUCGAUGGCAGCUCGGUAUUCUCGUACAGCUCCGAAAGCACGCGUUCCUCUUUGUCUUUUGAUACCGAAUCGGGCACGGAGGAGGGGUACGAGGGAACUCAGAGCCCCUCCGUCCUGCUCGGGCCUGGGAGAGGAGAAGGGGAGGGUGGUGAUGUUCCCCAGAGGAAGGAGAGGAAGAAGAGGAGCAGGUGUGGAGCAUGUGAGCCUUGCCUGAGGAAAAUCAGCUGUGGCCGGUGUAGCUGUUGCCUGAACCGGAGGACAGGGCACCAGAUUUGUAAACUGAGAAAGUGCGUGCAGCUGAGGAAAAGGAGAGCUCGGCCUUUGCUGUCUUCUGGAGCUAAGGUGGCUCCAAAAACCUGGCCGGUCAAUGGCAAAACUCACAUGGAUGCCUCCCAGCCAGCAGCAGCAGAGGAAGAUGGGGAGGAAGAUGAUAAUAUACCUCAAAUUCACAUCAACAUCAACAAUAAUCACCAAUACGCUUCAAAUCCUGCACUUCCAAGGGGUGAACCAGCCUGUAACGGACUUCACCAACCCUUCUCUGUAACUCUACAAAAUGGCUGCUCUAAGACAAAAACUCAAGGUGCUAACAUGAUAACAGGGUGCUAUCUCGAACCCCCAAAAAGCACAGUGACUUCCAAUGAACCUCCAAGGACGAUUAUAACUAUGGUUCCAAAAAACGGACUCAAGACUCCACCUGAGGACUUCACGGUUCCUCUGAAAAAGAUCAAAACGGAGGAACCUUGGUUGUGGUUCACGGAGCAGGCCACGAAACGCCUGCGAGAUGUUGAAGAAGUUUGCGAAGAUCCGUUGUCAACUUUGGCUGCGGUGGUUUGCUUGUCAGUUACGGAGAGAAAGGGACUCGAGGAUAAAAUAUUCGGUUCGCGUUCGAAUAUUUUGCGAUCCAUCAAAACUGAACCACCAGAUUUUCAUUUCCAGAAAGAGAAUGAUCUGAAGACUCCUCAGCUUGUGCAAGGAACAUCUCAGCCUAUUAAAACUGAGCCUACGCAAAAAGAGUUGCUCCCAAGCGUGCAAUCUUUAGCCGAAAAGCGGAAUUUAAGUUUUGAUCAGGCAAUCGCUAUAGAGGCCUUGACUCAACUGGCAGCUCUACCUCAAAACACCACCGCAGCCAUUAAAACUGAAAGUAACUAUGAACAUCCAGUUUCAAAACUAACCGAAGCUAAACCAGCAUUUAACAAAGUCUCUGUUAUAAGCUCACUCAAAACAUCAGUAAUACGACCACCAAUAGCAAGGCAAGGCAAUGUUAUUCAAUGUAAGAAAAUAGAACCAUUUCAGGUCAUAAAGUCAGAGUUUACCAUUAAAAAGGAAGUGGGUGAGGAUGGAAUUGUAGCGAAACCAAGACGCAACCGAGAUGAGGAGGAGGUAGCGGCGCAGCUUGCGGACUUAGCGUUCAUUAUCCAAGCUAGACACAACCAGCAGUCUGAGAACAAUCCGCCGAGGGGGACGCCUGUGUCUGCUAUAAAAUACAACUUCAACGCCUCGGCAUUAAACGCUAACCAGAAAAAGGCCAAAAUCACACCUACCAGGCAGAGAAAAAAGAAAACGAAAGAGGAAGGAGCCAAUCGGAGAACGCCAUUGUCGAAGAGAAACGGGGAGACGCCGAACAAGAAGAGAGGUCCGAAAAUACAGCUACAGGGGCUGAACCAUAAAAGGAAGCUGUUUCUACCACAAGCUCAAAUCGAUGUCAAGAAAUAUUUGGAAGAAGCACAAGAACAAAAAGGGCAGUUUAUACAAAAUGGAACAGCACAGUUUGGGAAUUCAGAAUGUUCUAGUCAAAUGAGACAAAACCAACCGCAGUGCCUAGCUAAUGGACAGCUCAACCAUAGUCAUUAUAAUGGGUGUUUGUCUGGACACAUGGGACUAGAUCGGGACAUCUACACUCAUCCAAACUCCUUACCCCAUCAUAGUUUAGUCAAUGGAUUUUCAGACUCCAGAAACUCACCUCCUCCCAGUCAACAGAAUUAUUAUAAGCUUGAGCACUCAGGCCCUGUUACAGUUUUGUCCACUAGCGCAGAUCUAGGAGGGGACAUGGGCCAUUCUGCAGAGUCAACUCCAUCCAAACACAGCGUCAACAGCUUCCUGGAGUCUCCCGGCAGCUUUCUGGACACGCCCACCAGGAACCUGCUCACCACGCCAUCGAAGAAACUUAGUGACCUUCCUUCAUGCCACUGUGUCGAUCAAAUCAGCGAGAAAGAGGAAGGCCCGUACUACACACACCUGGGGGCGGGGCCUAGCGUAGCGGCCGUGCGGGAGCUGAUGGAGAACAGAUACGGGGCCAAAGGGAGCGCAGUGAGAGUGGAGGUUGUGGUUUACACGGGGAAAGAAGGACGCAGCUCCCAGGGCUGUCCCAUCGCCAAAUGGGUGAUCCGUCGGGGCAGUGAGGAGGAGAAGCUGCUGUGUCUGGUGCGUCAGCGUCCAGGGCACUACUGUGACAGUGCAGUGCUGGUGAUCCUCAUACUUGCCUGGGAGGGGGUCCCUCGGCCUGUGGCAGACCACCUGUACAGAGACCUGACAGAUACUCUCUUUAAAUACGGCUCUGCCACCAGCCGCCGCUGUGCUCUGAAUGAAGAUCGUACAUGUGCGUGUCAGGGGCUGGACCCAGACACAUGUGGGGCCUCCUUCUCUUUCGGCUGCUCCUGGAGCAUGUACUUCAACGGCUGCAAAUUUGCCCGUAGUAAAGUACCACGCAAGUUCAGACUCCAGGGAGACUCCCCCGAGGAGGAGGAGCGAGUGGAGAAUAAUCUGCAGGGCCUGGCCACAGAGCUGGCUCCUCUGUACAAGAGACUGGCUCCUGAGGCCUACCACAACCAGAUUGAGAACGAGUCUUCGGGGCAGGACUGCCGUCUGGGCUGGAGGGAGGGCCGGCCCUUCUCUGGGGUCACGGCCUGUGUGGACUUCUGUGCACACGCUCACAAAGACACACACAACAUGAACAACGGCAGCACUGUGGUUUGCACUUUAACCCGAGAGGAUAACCGAGCUGUGAGGAACAUCCCAGAGGACGAGCAGCUCCACGUCCUGCCUCUGUACAAGAUCUCAGACAGAGACGAGUUUGGACAAGCCCAGGGUCAGUGGGCCAAGAUCCAGAGUGGAGCCCUGCAGGUGCUGUCCUCCUUUCCCAGAGAGGUGCGCAUGUUGGCGGAGCCAGUAAAGUCUGCGCGUAAGAUAAGACAGGAGGCUCGACUCAGGGCCCAGGCUGAGCGUCUGGAGAAGAAACUGGGCCUGAGUCCUCUCACUCCCAAAGUGAAACCAGAGCCCAACAGCAAAGUUGCAGACCCUUACUACAGCUCUUACAAAGUGCCCCCUCGCCCUGCCAGCGUGGACCAGUACCCCCCUGAGAGGCCCUAUGUCCCCAGCACUUACAUCCAAAGCACCAGCACCACCUACCCCAACUCCAGCCCCCAGAGAAAGGUCUACACCCCGGACCCCCAACUCUACCGGACCCCCAACGGCUACCCUCCCGGCUCCCCCUUACACAGAAUACCUCCUCAUCAACUUCACGUUCAAAACUGAGCCUAGAGAGGUGCAUUGCUCCUCCCCCAGAGAUUACGCCCUGCCCGCUUCCUCCUUUUCGCCGCAGCCUACCUCUGAAGGCCUCUUUAGCAGGCUCAACGGAGUCCACCACGCCAUCUUAGCCACGCCCCCUC